CGAUACUAUUUAAUUAAAUUUUAAACAGAAUAUUUUAUUUGCAUAGAAAACACGUAAAAAAAAUGAUAAACAGAUUUCGUAGCUUCUCUAAAACUUUUAAUGAAUAAAAAAACGUAUAAUUACUAAUACAAAUAUCUUCCAAGGGAGCACGCUACUUGUCGACUAUAUUUGUGGCGCCAACUGUGAUGAUAUAGACAUAACUUCACCUCUCUUAAUUUACCAGAUAAAGAAUGAAUACAGGAACAAAAGGCAAAUACUUUUCAAAAUUGACACUUCAAUCGACAUCUUUUACAAUAACCAUACCUGUAUUUAACAAAUAAGAAUUUAAACGUAAUUAUGUUUCUUACGUGACCACCGAAAAAAUUAAUCGCGUAUAAAAUGGCUGUGACAACUGCUCAAAUGCCGGAAGAACCAACAGCUGCUAACAUCGAUGUCAGCAUACAAAUUUCUCUUUCUCAAAUGCUUGAUCUUGCUCUCGGAGCACCAGAAGUUGGCGCGGUUAAUUUCAAUAUUCUUCAUAAUUUCCUCAAAAUCUUGUUGCAUCAAAUUAAUUUGCAGGCUACUAAAGUUGAGUAUCGUGGCGAAAAUGCGGAUCGUAUUAAAAGGAUAGUAACAUCCUUGAAGCCGAGCCUUGAUCUUCAACCUCAGGAGUAUAGUAUUACCGAUGCUAUCGGCAUAGCAUCGCAACAGAUUCAAAAAGACAAUGGUCCAGACGCUGAUGUACUUACAGAAGAUUUUAGGGAAGUUCCUGAAGUUUCGACAGUCGUGUCUGUCGCGAACGGUUCUACUGAAACACCUAUGGUAUUAGCGAUCAAAGAGCUCGAAAAAUCUGUAAAAGAGUUGCAAAAGAAUUAUCAAGCUUUAGAAGAUUUGUCUACAUCUCCGGAAAUAGUUGAAGGUUUAAAAGAGAGAAUCGCAGAUCCGACCGCGGAUUUGUGGCAGUUUAUUAAUAUCAAUAAGAGAUUGGAUGCUAGCGAACAAGGUAUCGAUAAGCUCACGACAAUGGUACAAGAUGUAAUCAAAGGCGAUAUUGGCGUAGCAGCACCAGUAGACACAUCUUUGAUUAACACGAGAUUGAAUGAACUCGAAGAUAAAGUUUCCAAGAUGGAGCAAUGGCUCAUCAAUCUGCAAACAAUUACUGAUAUUUUAACCGAAGAUUUAACUGCUCUAACUACACCUGUAGCAGCAGUAGAAGUAAAAGAAGAACCGGAAGCUGCAGCUGCAAAACCAGAACCAGCAGAAAUCGCAGCAGUCGAGGAUGCGAUUGUAUCAAAGCGUGAAAAAGAAGAAAGAGUGAAGGAAAUCUCUGAAGUAGCAGCUGAUAAAAUACGCCAAGCAAAAGCACUAGCACCUGAUAAGCUCGCUUACAAUAGCACUGCUGUAGCAGAAAUAUGCCAAGACGUUGUCACGUUAAAAACAGAUGUAGCUCGUAUACAACAGGAAUUGCAAGAUCUCAACGAAAGAGUCGCGCAGACCGAAAUAUCAGCACCAACGAUUGCUAUCGGCGCGCAAAUCGAUGCGCUGUCGGUACAACAAGAAAAGUCGGAACAGGAACCCGUUGUUACAGAACCGAUUGAAGAUAAAGAAAAAAUAGUCGAAGUAAGUGAUACCGUGAACUUGGAGCAAUGUUUGGAAGCUGUAAAAAAUGUAGAAGCAACGACUGGUAAAACUUUGGACGAUAUUAAUCAACGCGUAGUUGUGUUGGAGACGGAAAUUGGACAUUUGUUAGAAAAAGUGAAUAGUAUACAAGAAGGUGAGAAAAUAGGUGAAGGCAACAUUGACAAACUUAUUGCAAAAGUGGAAGAAAUUGAAAUGGAUAUUGAAAAAAUUGGACAAGCGAUGGACAAAUUGUUCGAUGACAAGGGAAAACAGGAAACUGAUAUCAACGUGUUACUGGAACAAAUAGAACUUUUGAAAACUGUUAAAGCAAACAAAGAGGAUCUCGAAGAUGCUUUGGCCGACAAAGCAGAUACUCAAACUGUGAACAGAAAGGUGUCGCAUGAUCAAUUUGAUGCUGCCUGCGAUGAUCUCACUCGUGGUCUCGAAGAAGCAAUUGACAAAUUGACCAAGCAGGAAUCGAUCUGGCAACAAGCGCUUGAUGAAGUGCAGAAUGAAAUCGCGACCAAGAUGGACAAAAUAGAGAUGACACCACUGAAAAACUUCGUAAACAGUAAGUUAAAGUCGCUUCAAGAAAAACUGAAGGUUAUGAUUGAAGCGAAACAAGAGAUCGAGGCAGCAGGAACGAAGAAACUGCUUAAAGAUGUUCAAUGUAUAUCGUGCGAUAAGGAUGUUGUAAUGAAGACGGAGGAGGUCGGUAGAUUUCGUGCCGAUCCGUUACCUUGCACCACCAGCAUAAAACCUUAUCUCACGUAUAAGUUGGACCAAGUCAGAAAACUACAGAAAAGAUUGCCUCACAGUAGAAAUAUGAUCCAAUUUGAAGCAGCAAUGCAGGAGGAGACAAAAAAGAUGAAAGCCAAGGAGGAGAUGCUCGCGAAGACUCCUAGAGAUCAUCUGUGCAAUCGAUACUGUGGCGGAAGUCACACGGUUACGACUCCUCACCAAAGAGUCAUGCGAACAGGCCAUUUUCUCACUCAAUGGGGACCCGAGGCGAUACAAUUAACGGACGGUUUGGUAAAGGGGAAAAACGGUCAAAUGUAUCGCAGUCGGCCAAUGCCGGGUAAGACGGACGUCUGCGCACCACGUUGUUGGGAAAGUCAGAUUAUCGAGGAAACUGUACCCUCGUAUAUUCCACUCUUACAAUUCUCUCAGGAAUGUACUUCGGCAGCGCCUCGUAAAUCUCUGUCAACCCGACGAAACAAUGCUGGAAACCAAAAGCAGAACUCGAGGAAACAAUCGAAAGAAGUAAAAGUAUCGGAACUAUCGGAGGAAAAUUCAGUACGUUAUAUGCUUUAUUUAUUUUAUUACUGAAGAUAUUAAAAACUCCAAAGUUCUUUGUGCAAUUUUAUUUAAAUAAAUUACAAUCUUUGAUUCGGCACAGACAAUAGAAACAAAUCAAGCGACAUAUCCACAAGAAAACGACUUAUCUUAGCUGGACAUCAGGAUGAGACUACCUUACACGAAACUCUAAUGAAGAGACGGAAAUAGAAUGAAUGAAGUAAAAUAUACAUAGCAUAAAGGAAAUGUAUAUAAUUUAGUUGAUAUCGAUGCAUUUAUAGCGCUUCUUGGAAACAAUAGGCAUACAAUCUUGUAAAAUUUUAACGCACAAAAUUUUCUAAAAAUUUUGUAAAAAGAUUUUCCUGAAAUAUCUAAAUGAAAAGAUUUGCAAAAUUGCGACUGUCAAAUUGGAGUUAUUAAUUAUUUUAUUAUUAAGAGAAAUUUCCAGAGUACACAAGACUACCUAGUGAAGUCGAUUUGGAACAUCGGUGGUCUGCAUACUAAAACAAAAAUAUUAGAUCGCACUUCACUUUCACGGCCGUACGAGACCGCGUCAGAAUAUUGCACAUCGCCGUCCGAAAUCCCUUUUUACGUAAAGGGCACAUGCACAGCGCUCAAGAUAUUUAUUGGACUCGCUCCGAUUUUGCCCGAUCUUAUUUUAUGUAUCCUACAAACGAGUACUAUGCGCGCUAGUAUAUAUUCAUUUAUAAUAAUAUAUAUUUAUGUAUACGUUACGUAGUCUAAGUUCUACUUCAUACAAAUUUCAAGGUACGGGAAGUAUCUACAAGUUAGUGUCUAUCAUAUAAUUUACGUACUGCCUUACGACAAGUAGUUAUUAAUCUACGUUUACGGAGUCUAGAAUUACUAUAGGUUACAGCUCUAUGAUUUCGCGAUUAAAUCAAUGGCGUACGGAAACUUCAUCAUCGUCAUCAUAUUUAACGAUACAAUACAAUAAAUAUAAUAGGAGAAAUAAAUAAAUAUAUGUAUAUAUAUUUAUAUUAUAGUUUCGAUGAUCGGAGGGGGAGGGGGCUACAGAGACAAUAUAUGUCUUAAACAUUAACAUAUAUGGAUAUGCAUUAUCGAUUACAGUUAAUAAUACUGGCAGCUUAAAGUACGACGCAUGAAUUACAUUCAACCUAAUUAGACGCGAAAAUAGAGAGUGCCACUCUCAUAAUUCAAGUGUUUCUGCGAUUGCGAAUUUAAACGUCUGCUUAAUUAAAGAACUAAUGUCUUGCUUCUUCGCGUUUAUAUCGAAACAGCUAAAUGAUCGAACGAGACUGUCGGUUAUGAUGAUUUUUACAACACAGUGCUAGCACUCGCUAUUUCUCGCCAUAGGUUCCCUAUGCCACUACUUAAGAUCAAGCAAAACUCUUCUCUCGCUUGCGCGGCCAAUGAAAAUUCGCUCACAACCUCUGCGAAUCGAAUUUCUAAACUUGAAAAAUUAUUGUAACACCACGGACGUCUCAUCAUUGCGUCUGGAUGACGCGAUCGUUGCUGAUUCUACGUAAUAAUAAUAAUAAUAGCAAGUUUAAUUAUUUAUUAUCGUUAUCGUGUGCGCACUCGCGUGGGAGUGCCGACGCGACUCACGCGGACAAAGGGAAUUAAAUAACAGAUCACAGGUGAAACUAGGCUAUCUCUGUAACAAAUUAAUAUCACAUGAAAAAAUAUGUAUCAGUUGCAUCCUAUCGCAAAAAUCUUCCGCGAGUGUCCCCGU